GCUGCUGCGGCGUCCGCGAACCCCGUCCGCGCCGGGAUGGAGCUCGAGGGUCGCCGCGGCCUGGGCUCCGCCCCGGGGCUGGCCUCGGCGACCCCGGAGUCGGGGCAGAAGCGGAGGACAGAGGCCGAGGCGGGGGCUGCCGGCCCCGGUGCUGUCCGAGCCCGCCGCUUCCUGCUCUGUCUCUACCUGGUGGGCUUCUUGGAUUUGUUUGGUGUCAGCAUGGUUGUCCCUUUAUUGAGCCUUCACAUCAAGUCCCUUGGAGCAAGUCCAACAGUUGCUGGAAUAGUAGGCUCCUCCUAUGGUGUUUUGCAACUCUUUUCUAGCACACUGGUGGGCUGCUGGAGCGACGUGGCGGGAAGACGGGCUUCCUUGCUGGUGUGCAUUCUGCUCAGUGCCCUGGGCUAUCUCCUCCUUGGAGCUGCCACCAACGUGUUCCUGUUUGUCCUGGCUAGAGUUCCUGCAGGUAUUUUUAAACACACCCUCUCCAUCUCGAGGGCUCUGCUUUCUGAUCUGGUUGCAGAGAGGGAACGGCCGAUCGUAAUCGGGCACUUCAAUACAGCAUCCAGUGUGGGCUUCAUCUUGGGCCCCAUGGUCGGGGGCUAUCUCACUGAAUUAGAUGGUGGGUUUUAUCUUACAGCCUUCAUCUGUUUUUCUGUCUUCAUUCUCAAUGCUGGUCUUGUUUGGCUGUUACCGUGGAGUGAAGCAAAACUGGGCAGUGCAGGAAAUGGCCUGCGUUGGGGUAAGACCCACCUGCUGUCUGGGAAAAGUGACUGUGGCGUACAGGAAGCAGCCACCACCCGUGGGGCCAGGACUGGGGAGAAGGCUGCCCGGCCUCCCUGGGUCGCCGUGGUGUCGGCCUUGCAGGACAUGAAGAGCCUGAUGUUCUCUGAAAUGUGGGACAUAUUUCUGGUGCGCUUGCUGAUGGCUGUGGCAGUCAUGCUGUACUACAGUAAUUUCGUCCUGGCCCUGGAGGAGCGCUUCGGGGUGCGGCCCAAGGUGACAGGCUACCUCAUCAGUUACAGCAGCGCCCUGGGAGCCACCGCGGGCUUCGCGCUGGGGCCCAUCCUACGGCUGUACAAGCACGACGCGCACGCGCUGCUGCUGCACUCCAGCGCGCUCACCUGCGCCCUGCUGCUGCUCUACUCCGCGGCCCCGACCGUGGGCGCCGUCGUCUUCUCCUCCACUCUCCUGUCCUUCUCCACCGCCAUCGGCAGGACGUGCAUCACCGACCUCCAGCUCACCGUGGGCGGGGCCCAGGCCAGCGGCACCCUCAUAGGCAUGGGGCAGUCGGUGACCGCGGUGGGCCGCAUCAUCGCCCCUCUCCUCUCAGGCGUCGCACAGGAGGUCAGCCCUUGCGGCCCCCCGAGUCUGGGGGUCGCGUUAGCCUUGGUGGCUGUCUUCAUCAUGUCUCUGAACAAACCUCGCUCUAGUGGCGACGUGAGGGAUAAAUUAAAAAUUGAAUAGAGCGGAUUCGGAGGGCAGCACAAGAUUUGAGGUGGUUGCAUCAGGGACAGAGGUUAGAAUGCGAAAGGGCGCUUUGGACAGGGUGGACCGUGGGAGGGAAACUUAUUUCCAGGUGGGUGUGCCCUGUCCCUGGGCUUCCAGGUGGCCCUCCACUUUGCGCAGUUAGGCCUGUGGGUGAUCAGGAAUCACCGCAGCACGUGGGGAGGUGGAGAUUGGAGCGAAGCUUUACCUGAAGUCUCCUCUUCCCGCCCAGCCCAAUGAAACUAAAGUUUUCAAGGGAAAAAAAGCUGCCGGCUACAAGAUAGGCAAAUGGUGGUAGAAUAACAGAACGUGAUACGUGGAAGACUAGAAGAAACCACAAAGCAUUUCCCUAUUAAAAAUAGGGUAACAUGUUAGUGAAAUGCUGAUCAGCUGCAACAUGAGUUUCGAGUUAAGUUUCAUAUGCUAAAAGGAAGUUUUCUGCCAUCAAAAUCCUAGAGAUUGAAGAAUCUGCUUCAUUAAAGCCAGCCUGCCACUUUCUCAAAGCUGGUUAAAAAUUAGAUGCUGACCUCACCCCCAGAGACUGAUUCAGGGGGCCUGGCUGGGGCCCAGAAAUCUGCAGGUGGUCAGUGAGCACCACUUGUGAUCUCUAUGGAGGUUGAAAAAGGAUCACACUGAGAUAAUACUGAUUUUUGAAUAAAAGCCAGAGGCAUGGCUGUUUUUGUGCAGCUAACUAAAUGUGGACUGCUGAAAUUGUGCUUGUAAUCACAAUGUGUUACACUUUUCCCAGCUCUCAGCAGUUGUGCUGUGUAACAGGGGAAGGGGGUUCCUGGGGCCUGUCCCCUGUGUUCCCUGCCUCUGAGGGCUGAGCUUGUUCAGGGACGAACUCAACACACCUGGACGUCAGGCAUGGCCAUCGCUCUGUUCCCAGAAGCCUGCGUUCCAGUUUUGUUCUAUCAUUCUGGUGCUGACAACCUGGGGCUUGAAGCCCAAACCCAGGAAUGCUUUUAGGAUGAACAAUUUAUACGGAGUAAGGCACAGCUGGUGUGCCAGAUCAGACAACUUGAUUGUACCGUGUCUUGUGAAGUGAAAAUCAGAAAAAUCAUCACUGCUCUCUGGCAUUCUGUGUACUGGGACAUGGAGCGGCAUUUCUGCAUCCUACAGUAGGAGGAGAAGAGAUUCCCAUAAAACCUUUGAGACAUACUGAAAGGUCUUCAAGUAGAUUCUGAACCAUUCAAAAUAAUCCAUAUGCUGUGUAGAUUGAAAAUGUAAUAAUAAUCCAUUUACAGGAGAUAGGUUAACUCUACACCUAGAAAAACUCAUUCCCGGACCAUACAGUUAAGAGAGCAGACUCACAAUUCAUUGGCUAUACUUAGAGGUAGUAAAAAUAGAAUUUUAUCUGAAAAAUUGCAGAAAAUUAGAAAACAAAAGGGAUCAAAAAAUGAUGUGCCAGCACAACAUUAAAAACCUCGGAAACUCCCCUGGAUGUGUUUCACCUGCACGUCCCUGUGGCGGCUGACCCCGUCUGAGGAAGUCAGCUAGGUAUGGCGAACAGGAUAUCAGAGGAAUCCAGAAGGAAAUUGUCAUCUGUCAGGGACAAAGAGCCAUGGUUGGUGCCACACAGCCGUUACCCAAAUGGGUCUUCUGCUUUCCUUAGAAGGGGAUUGAAGAAAGGGCCUGGCUAAUAAAAAGUAGGAUAUAAAGUAGCAAAGAGCUACACACUUUGCUCUAAAAGUGAACAAAAGAGAAACAAAACUCCAGAUCACAGUCUGUUCUGAGUCACAAGCUUUCUUGUUUAGGUGGAUGAAGAAAUCAGCCCGGGGUGUUCAGGCCUCAGCAGAUAAUUCCAAUAGCUACUUCCUCUGGACAAAGUAAUCGCUUUAAUCACUCUUAAGAAUAAAGUCCAGUGUGCACUUUGAACAAACAAAAAUGUUACAGUUUUCAUAGUUGAUUUACGAAAUGGCAGUUUUAACAUAAACAUGAUUCAGGCAGGGCGACAAAUUCAAAAUGUGCUGAGACAUACACCAAGUGUUUAUGCUUUUUAUAUAAAUCACACCCCCACUCCCCAGGUAAAACCCUACACCCCCACUGCAAAGCUUAGCAAAAGCUGCAAGUUCAUCACAGACAUUUCGGGGGCAUACACACAAAACACAUACUUUUGAAAGUAUUAGACUUUGAGGCCAAUUUCUAGUUUGCUAACUGGCAUAACUGUCUGCAAUGGUCGGCCCUUAGCAUUAUAUAUAAAGCAACCAAUAAACUCUGACUUUUUACUUA